AGUUUACGCGCUAACUGAGCUGAGAGGAAUGACUUUUGCGGCGAAGAGCUGCUCAUUCAUCUGCCGAAUUAAGUAAAUUUUCUCGUCGGAAUGCAUUUAAAGUAUCCAAGGAAGAGGGAUUUCUAUAAUUGGGAAGAGUUACGCUGUCUGGCAAAGGCUUUGGGGUUUAGAAAGGAUCUCUUUCAUAAAAAUGUUCCCCAGGAACUUGAGAAGGAUAGAUCCAAUGGCCUCAGCACAAAGUCCAUUUCAAACAUGCUGGAUAUCAAGUGUCUCCAUGGUGACAUUCACCGUACAUACAAUAUGCAUGAUGCACUGUACAACUCAAGAGUCAUAGAGAAAGCUGUUGAAAUGCUCUCAAACAGAUAUUUAAGUUUUCAGGAAUUAAGAGAAGUUCGUGUAGCUUUUCAGUUGUAUGAACAUGAAGACAUGCUGGGUUUGGUUACUGAUGAGCACACUUUACUUAGAACUUUGAAGAUCUGUGGAAGAGCUGUUUCACCGGUAAAGCUGAAGCAACAUAUCAAACACAUGAAAAGACAAGUUGCUGAUCGUGUGAUGCUUUAUGAAUUCUUGGAUCUCUUGCUCUUGUGUGAACGGGACACUGAAGUGCAGCUUCAACCUCUUCCACAAGUCACUGGUGUGGACAAGAAUAAUUUGUACAAGCUGUGUGAUUUUCAAGCAGUCCUUUGCACAGAAGAUGAGAAGAAGAUUCGUCAUUUAGACACUUUGUAUGAGCAAGGAUCUGUUAGAUCGAGUAUGAGCCAUAACAAGGAUGUCCCUUCAUGGAGACUUCUACACCAGGAUUAUUUUGUGGAUAGUAACCCAAGAAUAGAACUGGUUAGCAGGCAACAGCAGAGAUCCUUGGAACUUUGUGAUCAUUUGGAUCACUCAAAUAAAAAGGUGAUGCAUGCCAGAUGUGGCUAUACAGGAACUUCCCGAAGAACUGCUUUUGUUGACCUCAAUGAUGUCAGUAGAAAAUUAAAGCCACUGGAAAAACCUCCCCUCAAAUUUAAAGCCCAACAGCACAAGGAAGAAGUUGAAGAUGAAGGAGUUACAAAAGAAGAGGAACAACACCAGAAAAUUGACAUAACAAGAUUAAGUGCUUCAUCAGUAGGAUCUUUCAAGUUUUAUAGAGAAUUUGAUGGAACCACUUCAGCAAAGUUAUCAAGGACUUCAAAACUUGGACAUCAGGGAAUCCUAGUAACUCCAAGGGACCUCUACAAUUCACAUGUGAUGUCACAGAACUUACAGUGGGACAUGGAAACACAGUCCCAAAGGUUAAAACAAAGAAGUGAUAAACACAUGAAGGAGAAGUACUCUGGUUAUUACAAAAAGCUGAAACUGUUUCAAGAUCCUAGCGAAAAUCCGGAAAAUGAAGGUUCCAGGCAGUCCAAGGUUAAGGAGAUGCCAGAAAACAGUACAACUGCGGUCAAACCAGCAGAUUCCGCUCCAGUAGAACUAGUCAUUACACCACGAAAACAAGUUCCGGAAUUAGAUUCAAUAUACAACACGUUAAUGGAGAGAUUACAGAGAACGGACACCUUGUUAGACUUCGGCGAAGUCCGAGUUCAGGAAUUUGGUUCAUCAAUGCCAUCCAACAUCAGCGAUGGUCAUUCUCUGACGACCCGAAAGUUGCGCUCAGAGCAAGUGACUCCCCAGAGGUUUGGAAUGACAGGGAAGGUUCGACUUCAAAGACUGGGUUCCCUGAGGUCAACUCAACCGAAGGAGAGUGAUGCUACAGAGAAACAAGACGAAGUUGAACAAUUGCUGGAGAAACUUCAAGAAGCAAACCAUGUAGCGAGUGGUAAAAAGGGUUUUUUAAAUCCAAAACCCUUCGUUUUCGCUAAAUGAUGAACAAUUUUUUGACUCGACAGAAUCACGCACAGGCUACAAAGUUGUGCAGGGGUGUGUGUCAAUAUUGGAUUUGUGCGCUCUCCUAGUGAUUGGAUGAGAAGACUCGCGUGCCCCUCCUCCCGACCAAUCAGCAGACCAAUUAGAUGCCUUAGCCUCUCUUUGCUUUCCACGCUCGAAGCAGUUGCCGACAUCGCUUUACGUUGAGUUCUCAUAAGCUUCUUUCAACUUUUUUCUUCUUUUUCUGACUGGCAGGUGUAGGUACAUAGUUUUGGUUUUAAGACACACUCGAAUUCGCUCUAUCUUGAAACAGAAACAUUUGGAGGUACAAGAAUCCUGUCGUUUGUUUCAACAAUUUAACCCUCGUAAUGCAAAUGACCUCACAUGAGAAAUUCUGUGUAAGAAUUAAUAGCCGAGAGAAAUGUAUGUAGAAAUUUAUCAAGAACACCUUAAAACACAAUUGAGUUUCUACUGUAAAAAUGUGUAUAUUUUUUCAGAAAAUUAGAGUUUUAGCAAAUAUUUAACUUGUAUUGUAAUUCUU